GUCGGGGACUGUGCGGGCCGGGCGAUCGACUGGAAGGCUGGGCCUUGGAGAGCAGCGGUCACCCUUCUCUCGCCUCGGCGGCGCCGGUAAUGGAACCUGGAUCAGCUACCAGUCUGUCAGAUGAAAGUGUAACAUGUGGAGUUUGUCAUAACCAACUGAGGAGACCCAAGCUACUUCCGUGCCUGCACAGUGCUUGCCUGGAAUGCCUGCAGAUUGUGUGGGCAGAGCAGAACUUCACCGGCUGCCCCAUCUGCAGUGCCCCCUCAGACAGGGAUGUCACCAAAAUACAAGACAACACGCUCUUGGCCUACCUGGUGAGCACCCUGCAGAUGUGGCAGAGGAUUGGCUCUGGGGUCAACACCUGCUGCAGUGUCUGCCUGGCACAUAGCAAUGAGGAGCCUGCCACUUCUGUCUGCUUCGAGUGCGAUCAGUUCCUGUGCCUGAGGUGCUGCGACAGCCACCAGCUUCUGACGAAGAAGUACAGACAUGUGGUGAUGUCCUUUGAUGACCUGAAGGCGCUCAGCUGUGAGGAGCUUGCAGACAUUGCAAAGAACAAGAAGCAGUCCAUUUGUGCAGAACACAAGGAGCAACAGAUCAGUUUUUUCUGCAAGACGUGUUCCAUUGGUGUCUGUUGCCACUGUCUCUUGCUUCAUCACACUCCCAAAGGUCAUAGUUACCACAGCAUUGAGGAGGAGGUAAUGCUGGAGAAGGAAGUCUUGAAACAAAUGGUGUACUCAACAGAAGAAAAUUACAAUAGAUUUACUGACAGCUACUCAAAAGUGAUGUCCCUGAAGGAAAGAGUGGACUUAAUGAGAAAUGAAAUUGAAGAUGCAAUCAAGCAAAGGGCCAUUGUCAUCACACAAGAAAUAGUGAGUGAAGGAGACAGGUUAUUGCAGGAGCUGGAGGCUCAGCACGAGCUGCAGCAGACUAGACUGGCCAAUGGCCUGUCUCAAACACAUCAAAAUAUUGAAAGGAUGGGAGCCGGGCACAGGCUGGCAGACAUUAUGCUGAGGUUUGGCGUCAAUGAGGAGGUGAUGGAGAUGUUCCAGCCAAUCACAUCAGUCCUUGUGGCUCUGAAGGAGGCAAGGCCCUUAAACUUGAGCACUGAAGUCACUUGCUUGGAAUUCAAGGAAUGCUGCCUGGAGACGAAGGACCUGCUUGGGACUUUCAAUUUCAACAGAGAGCAGGGAGAGGGACUGGACGGCCCAGAAACCAAGGAGGAUCUGCAGAAUGCUUCAAACGAACUACAAGCUGAAGAUUCUUCUUCAGUGGAAGAGGAAAGUACAACAGAUGGCAAGCAACACCACUGGCACAAUGAGCACAACUACAGUCUGAGGGGUGGAGUGCCGGACUCACCCUCACCAAGCGAUACAGAGGAGUUCACCCUCAAUGCUUUCAGUGCUGAAUCCCAGCAACCUCCUGCAGAGUUGGUAAUAAAGUUAUCUGAUGACAGUGUGGAUACUGAUGGCUUCCUCACGGUCAUGGAACACUUCGAGACUUUGCCGACACAUCCUGAGGCUUCCAAAACAUCAAAUGACCAUGGAGCAAAUGAGGGUAGUGGUCAGAUUAAUGGGGAUUGGUACCAGGAGGGGCCGUCAGCUGUGGGACAGAGCCUGGAACUGCGAGGCCAUCCACUGGUGUUCUUCCAGAUCCAAACCACGUGCAUAGGAGGCGAUGAUAUGGUACAGCUCUCGGCAGUGAGUGGUGAGAAGACUUUUAACAAGUAUAUCCUGCCCAGAAAGCCCAUGUUGGUCGGCAUACCCACUGAUAGUGGAUUUCAGAUGGUGGAUGGUGUCCUGUACCAGCGUGGGGAAGCUCAGGCAGCCUGCAGCCUCCAGGAUGUUAUGAAGUCUUUCCUCCAGUUCCUUCAGCAGCUGGAUCUGCCACUGUUGGUUGGUCACCGCAUCUGGACCCACGACAGUCAGAUUCUUUGUAAUGCUUGGGAAGGGCUGUACAUGAAAGAUUGCUUUGCCAAACAUAUGUCAGGAUUCCUGGAUACUCUUUGGUUGGCCAAGAAAGUUCUCCCCAAGUCGAAGGUCAGUAACUUCAAGCUGACGCAUUUAGUGGAGGUCUUGGUUGGUGAGCAGGUUGGUUUUGGUGUGCAGGCCCUGCAGAAAUUGUACUUGGCUCUGAACCCAACACUGCACCAGGCAGAAGACAGUCAGUUUACUCUGUACCAGCUGGAAUGCCGCAGAUCCCUGCAGCCACUUGUUGACCAGAAAGUUAUUUCCCGGCUGAUUGCAGAUAAACUUGCCUUUGAAGAAAUCAGUCUGAAUAUCUUGGAGUUAGCCCACCAGAGUGACCGGAAGUCGGGCCUGAACAACUUAGUUCGAGCCAGCCGGAAUUUGGGAUUACCAAGGAUCCGGAAGAUCACCAAGGCUAUUGGCUCCUUCUUACUGUGCCAGAAGCACAGGAGAGGACAGCUCAAGCAGGCACAGCAAGGGACAAAGGCCAAGUAUAAAUCAAACACCAGUUAGCCAGUGCAGCAUGUGUUACAGAAUAUUUGGUAUGCAGGGGCUAUUCUGACAAUCAUUUGCGACGGCCGUCAUUCCUCGAAUGAAAAGAGUAAAGUACAAGAAGUAGCGGCAACAUGCAAGGAAGUGCGGAGGUGAUGGAGUGACAGAUCCCUCCGAGUGAUCGUCGGGAUGAACAGUUCUUUAAUCAGCCAAAGUUAAAAACCACAGUGUAUGAGUUGAAGUAAAAAGUAUCAAAAAGUGCAGAGUCUGACAUUUUUGUAGUUCUUGAAGAUACAAUAAACUGUUAAGGAAUUUAAAGCUGUUCUCUUUUGUGCAGUGUUAUCUCACCUAGAUGGAUUCAAAUCAAAUUUGGGAACUCUUGUAUCAAAGGGGAGGGUUGAUUGCCUGCCGACAAGCCAUUCCCUGAGACUAUUGCUUGGAAGCAAUGUUAAAUACAGUUCACCUUUGGAUCCCGUUGAA